CGGAAACAGCCUGGCUUGCCGUGGAUGCCGCGAGCUGGUCGCCACUCCGAAUUGGAUAAGGACAGCGUACUGCUAAGUGCGGCUAAAAACUACUACCCUGAAGGUGAAAGCGAAGGCGGCUGCAGCGAAUUCCCACCGUUAAUGCAGAGGAAAUCCUGGACCCGUGGUGUGCCGCACCGAGACAGCUUCGAUUACGUCAAGCCUAUGGACUCCACUGGUAACUGCUACACCCCGGCCUCGAAGACCAUGCGGGUAAUAAAUAUGCCCCCAAAACGGCGGGCGCCCCCCGUCCUCUACGGGCCGCUCGGGCCCCGCGGGGAGGUCCAGUUCCCGCCGCUCAAGCCCUACGCCGAGCGGAUGAGGGAGAAAGAAGAAGCAGAGAGAAAGGAAAGAGAGAAGGGGAAAUUGCAGAAAGGACUAGUGCUACUCGAAGACCUGGUCUCCGGUGCGUAUAACAGAAGAAAAGAGGCCGAAGCAGAGGCCAGGCGACAGAAGAGGGAGAAGAGAAGGCGAGAGAAGGAGGCCGCCGAAGCUGCAGCAGAAAUCGCUUUGAAAAAGCAUUUAGAAAAAUUACAAUUCGAGGUUCCGAGAGACCCGGACGAUCAGAAAUUAGAAAUGCUGAGAAUAACCGCAGAGGAGCACUACAGAUACAUACAUCCUAAGGAUUUAGAGAGAAUCAACUACUACUUGACCACGGCUCUUGACGGGAAACAUCUACCAGACUUUCCCCAGCACCUAUACUUAAAGGCGAAGGCGGCAGUAGAUAAGCAAACAGCACAUAUCAAGAAGAGGUUACUGAUUCUCACAUACCAGGCAUGUGUGAGGCAAAGUUUGGCUGAUAUAAAGGAGUUUUUCCUAUGGGCUAUGAAAAGAUGCAUCCUCUCCUACAUCCUGGAGGAUCCAGCGGAAUGCGAACGCCUCCACAUAGCCUUCCUGCCGCCCCUGUGGCCAGCGUGUGUCGUUCGCGCACCGAUGCCGUGGCAUUCUGACUAUGUGCGCGCUAAGCAGGCCAUGUUCUUCCGAUACUAUGAGGGCAACCCCGUGCUUAUAGAGCUGAGGAGAAUGUGGCAUGACAGGUACCAAAAUAUGUUGAUCUGCGACAUGAACAAGAUGCAAGAGGGCCUCCCUUUCCCGCAAUACCCGCACGAGUUCACAGAGCGCCUGCAGAAGUUUUGCGAAGCCUCUCGUUCGGAGCUCGUCGAUAAUUGGCUGAUCGACGUGGCCGAUACAAUGAUCAAGAUGAGGCAUCACUGGGCCGUUUAUGUGGCGAAGAAAAAGAAGGAGUCUACGUUUCAAGUGGAACGGUUUUUUGAAUGCAUCCACGGAUUGAUGUCGAAGCAAGUUCGGGAUUUAGUGGAGCGGAGUGUUUAUCAUUUUGCCGCGUAUUUUUCGUAUUAUUUUGAAGGCAACGAUUACGGGCAAGAAUACCGCGACUACACAUACAUAAAGCGGCCACUUCUACGAAUAAAGGCCGUCGCACACCCCGGCUCGACUAACAUCACCUUCGACCCGCCGCUCGAGCAGAUGCCGGUGCAGAUCUCCAAGUGGUUCCAUAGCAUCAUCAACGUGGGCAGUCAGCUGCCGAGCGUGGACAGCAUCAUGUACCCUGGCGCCACCCGCCCCAACCCUUGGCUGAUGUGCGUGUAUCCCGAAGAGCAAUACAUGACGAAACUCGUCAACAAGUCCAUCCACUACUUCAACAUAAACAAGCCUGGCCCCAUCUCGUUCCUGUCCUGUUACGUGCCAUAUUACUACAUUCUGGACGGCACGGCUAGACAGGAUCUGAUGAUAUUCUUCGGGCAAGAACCACCGCCCCUGUUGAAGGACUUCACAGAACGGAUCUACAUGUACGAGGAGGUACGCGAUGACAUCGCGUUCCUCCGGCGCGACAUUCCACUAAACAUGGUGAUGCUCGACUGCGCUCCGCUCAACGACACCAUGCAGGACAUCAUCAACGGGCUGCGGCAACACAUUGUGGAUCAUUUUAUAUUGGUUAACAGGAAAUGGAAUAGAGGAAUUUGCAAUGUGUAUGAAGAAAUAGCCGCGCGCGCGAGCGAGACCCCCGAGACCACGGCACAGCUGGUGGACCUCGUCAAUUUCAUUACCGAGAGCCGGGACUGUGCGCUUUUCGACCUCCGUGAUAAAGCGCGCACCACCGCCGCAUAUGUGCUGUUUCUCAUGACACAUGCUCAUCUUAACUUCGAGGACAUAAACCUGAACACCCGCGUGUUCCUCUGGCCGCUCGACAUGGAAGAGACCAUCGACCUGACACUCAAGGCCCUCAACACCAAGAAGACCAUGGCCGAAGAGAAGCUCCGCAGCCGCAAGUGCGUGUUCGAGGAGAAGCUGAAGACACACGAGAAGGACUUGGAGGUGUUCCGGCGGUAUGACCCGCCGCUGCUGACCCUGGAUCUGCUGAAGGAGGUGGUCAAGAGGGUCGAUGAGAUUAACCAGAAUUUAUUGGACGACAAGCGCGAAGCGGAAGACAUAAUCAACGAGGAACAGCUGUUGGACCAGGACGUGUCGGUGUUCUUCAGUCUGCAGACGAUGCUGGCCAGCGUCGAUCCCUUCUACAAACUGUGGCACACCUCCUUUGACUUCUACGACGGUUAUGAGAAGUGGUACCACGGCCCCUUCUACGGUUUAGACGCAGAGCAGAUCGCAGAGGACGUGGAGGCGUGGUGGAAGCUGCUGUACAAGCUCGGUAAACAGAUGUUCGAGUACCCCGGCGCCAAGCGCAUCGCGGACAUGGUGCGCAACAAGGUGGAGAAGUUUAAAGUGCUGCUGCCGGUGCUCAUCGGUAUAUGCAACAAGGGCAUGCGCGAACGCCACUGGGCCAAAAUCAGUGACCUUAUCGGCCAGCCCGUAGUCCACGAGCCAGAGACAAGUCUGGCCGACAUGGUGGAGCAGGGCGUGCACGUGUUCGCCGCGCAGCUCGAGGAGAUUGGCCAGUACGCCUCCAAGGAGUACACGCUGGAGAAGGCGCUCAACAAGAUGAAGGAGGAAUGGGUGGGAGUCAAGUUCGAGGUCAUGCCGUACAGAGAUACCGGCGUCGGGAUCCUCACCGGCCUGGACGAUAUUCAGCAACAGCUGGAUGACCAUAUCCUCAAGUCGCAGACCAUGCGUGGGUCACCCUACGUCAAGGCGUUUGAGGCCGACAUGGUCGCGUGGGAGGAGAAACUCAUCAGCAUGCAGGACAUCUUGGACCAAUGGCUGAUGUGUCAAGCCACCUGGAUGUACUUAGAACCCAUCUUCUCCUCUGAAGAUAUCAUGCGUCAGAUGCCGACGGAAGCCCGCAACUUCCGCGACGUGGACAAAGAAUGGCGGACCAUCAUGUUAGCCACCGUUAAGGACCCCAUGGUCCUGACGGCCACGGAUUUCCCACAAUUGUUGAAGAAGCUGAAGUACAGUAAUGCGUUGCUGGAUGAUAUACAGAGAGGAUUGAACGAUUAUUUGGAGAAGAAGAGAUUGUUCUUCCCGAGAUUCUUCUUCCUCUCAAACGAUGAGCUGCUCGAGAUCCUAUCGGAAACCAAGGACCCUAUGAAGGUGCAGCCUCACCUCAAGAAGUGCUUCGAAGGGAUAUACACGCUAGAAUUCAAUGCCGCGAGAGAGAUCGUUGGUAUGGCUUCUGCUGAGGGCGAGGUGGUGAAGCUGUCUUCCAGUAUACAGCCUGCCGAUGCCAAGGGCAUGGUGGAGCGCUGGCUGCAACAGCUGGAGCACCAGAUGAUCGUGAGCCUCAGGGACGUGGGUGCAGAAGCAGUCAACGCGUACCCGAUCACCAAGCGAGAGGAGUGGGUCCUCAUCUGGCCUGGACAGAUCGUUCAGACCGGCUCCUGUGUGCACUACACCGCCGAGGCAAUAGAAGCAAUUCAAACCCACACUCUGCCGGACUUGGUCGCUCGGAGCACUCAGCAGAUCACCGGGCUGGUAUACCUGGUGCAGGGCGACCUGGAGCCAGGGAACAGGGUCACCAUUGAAGCCCUCAUCGUCAUUGAUGUGCAUGGUCGUUCUAUUCUGGAAGAAAUGGUCGAAAAAGGCGUCAGCGAUGUCGCCGACUUCAACUGGAUAUCGCAACUGCGUUACUACUGGCGCGGAGAAAAAGUGACGUGCGCCAUGAUCACCACCGAGGUGGACUAUGGGUUCGAGUACCUGGGCAACAUCGGGAGACUGGUGGCCACGCCGCUCACUGAUCGCUGCUUCAGGACCCUAAUGAGCGCGUUAAAGCUGAACCUUGGCGGAGCGCCCGAAGGCCCCGCUGGCACCGGCAAGACGGAGACCACCAAGGACUUGGCGAAGGCCGUCGCCAAGAAGUGCGUCGUCUUCAACUGCUCCGACGGGCUGGACUACAAGGCGCUUGGGAAAUUCUUUAAGGGUCUAGCACAGUCCGGCGCAUGGGCUUGCUUCGACGAGUUCAACCGUAUAGAGCUGGAAGUGCUGUCCGUUGUGGCGCAGCAGAUCCUCUCCAUCCAAUUGGCGAUCCUGCGGAAAGAGAAGCGGUUCAUCUUUGAGGGCACGGAGAUCAGCCUCAACCCCACCUGCUCCGUGUUUAUCACCAUGAACCCUGGUUACGCGGGCCGUACAGAGCUGCCGGAUAAUCUGAAGGUGCUGUUCCGGACGGUGGCCAUGAUGGUGCCGGAUUACGCCAUGAUUGGCGAGAUCACGCUCUACUCCAACGGCUUCGUGUGCGCGGGCCCAUUAGCGCGCAAGAUCGUGCAGGCCUACAAACUGUGCUCCGAGCAGCUGUCGUCCCAGAACCAUUACGACUACGGCAUGAGAGCCGUGAAAUCGGUGCUGCUGGCGUCCGGGGCCCUCAAGAAGGCCUACCCUGAGAAAGACGAGGCUCAGCUGGUGCUGAGGGCCAUUAUAGACGUCAAUAUGCCCAAGUUUCUUUCACAGGACGUACCGCUAUUCAUGGGUAUCUACUCUGAUCUGUUCCCUGGAGUCCAGAUACCGCAGCCAGACAGAGACGAGUUGACAAAGUGCAUCAUUAAAGAGCUGGACAAGCGGAAUCUGCAGGGCACUGAGUGGUAUCUCGAGAAGAUCAUACAGAUUUACGAGAUGAUGCUAGUGCGCCACGGCUUCAUGGUGGUAGGUCCACCGAUGGGCGGGAAGACCCAAGCUUACCAGACCCUAGCGGACGCCCUCCGAGCCCUGCAGCUGACUAAGCCUCCGCCGCGCCACAAGGAGUUCGGCGCCAUAUACAGGAUUAUCAAUCCGAAAGCGAUCACUAUGGGCCAGUUGUAUGGAUGCUUUGAUCCUGCUUCGCAUGAGUGGUCAGACGGCGUCCUAGCGAUAGCGUUCAGAGAGUACGCCAUGUCGAUAACGCGCGACCGCAAGUGGAUCCUGUUCGACGGGCCGGUGGACGCCGUGUGGAUCGAGAACAUGAACACCGUGCUGGACGACAACAAGAAACUGUGCCUCAUGAGCGGCGAGAUCAUUCAGAUGACAAACAAAAUGAAUUUGAUAUUUGAGCCGGCGGACUUGGAGUUCGCCUCUCCGGCCACCGUGUCGCGAUGCGGGAUGAUCUACAUGGAGCCUGAACAGCUAGGGUGGCGCGCUUUUCUAACGUCAUACAACAGGUGGCUCAGCAAGAAGCUGAUCCCGGAGCAGUUCGACCUGAUCAUGGAGCUGGUCGACUGGCUCGUGCCGGCCAUCUUCGAUUUCAUGAGCGUUAAGUGCCACCACUUCGUCGCCGUCGGCGAGAUACAUCAGUUUUUUUCGUUCACCCGCCUAUUGACUUGUCUGCUCGAGAAUGAGAACCAGUUCAGCACCAUGUGGCUGCAGUGCACCUUCGUGUUCUCCCUGCUGUGGGGCCUGUGUCCUACCCUCACAAGUGACAGCCGCAAAUCCUUUGACGUUUUCUUCCGCAAACUAUUGGACGGCCAAAAUGCGACGUACCCCAAACCUAAAUCUUUCAAGCUCACAAAGAACCAGCUUUUCGGCGACAAGGAUACGGUGUAUGACUAUGUGUAUGAUAAGAGAAAUAACGGGACUUGGAUACCUUGGAUGGAGUUAGAGAAAGAGGGACAAAUUGCAGCGAAUGCCAAGGUGAACGACCUCAUAAUCCUAACGAACGAGAACGCAUGCUUGCGCUACUUCGUGUCCAAGAUGGUGCGUUCCAAGAUCCCGAUCCUCCUCGUGGGCCCCACCGGUACCGGCAAGUCCUCCCUCGUGCUGAACUUCCUGCUGUCGCUGCCCAAGGAGAAGUACAUCACCAACACCAUCAAUUUCUCUGCUAGGACCACUGCUAAUCAGACGCAAGAUAUUAUUAUGUCUAAAGUGGAUAGACGCCGGAAAGGCGUAUAUGGACCGUCCAUGAACAAAAAGUGCGUCCUUUUCGUAGACGACCUCAGCAUGCCACAAAAAGAGGUGUACGGAGCCCAACCUCCACUGGAGCUGCUCCGGCAGUGGAUAGACCACGGCCACUGGUACGAUCUCAAGGAGAUGGUCAGACAAGAGGUGGUUGACGUGUUGUUCGUCUCUGCCAUGCUCCCCCCUGGCGGUGGCUCCAACCUUAUCUCCUGGCGGCUGACUCGGCACACGAUAUUGAUAGCCCUGGAUUCCUUCGAAGACAACACCCUCAACAAGAUCUUCGUCACCAUCAUGGACUGGCACUUUAGCAAAGGCUUUAAUGAGACGCUUGUGCGGUUAAGUAAGAACGUGGUAUCAGCGACAAUGGAAGUAUACAAGACCGUGACCGUCCAGUUCCUCCCGACGCCCAGCAAAUGCCAUUACCUCUUCAAUUUGCGAGACUUCGCGCGAGUUAUCAAGGGCGUCCUGCUGGUGCCUGCGAGUCACAUGAAGGAAAUGAACAAGCUGGUGCUGCUGUGGAUUCAUGAGACUUACAGGGUGUUUUAUGACAGGCUGAUUGAUGAUACUGACAGGCAAAAGCUAUUCGAAGUAAUUUACAAAGCUACGUACGCCAACUACCGCGUACACAUGGACCAGGUGAUGACGGACAUGGGUUACGUGCCGGACGGAGAGAAACUGAAUAACAACCACGCUUCCAAUGUAUUCUUUGGGAAUUACAUGGAGCCAGACGCUGAUCCGAAGAUUUAUGAUCAGGUGACGAACCUCGAGGACAUGGCGGUGAAGAUGGAAUACUACCUGGACGAAUAUAACGUCGUCUCCUCAUCGCCCAUGGCCCUAGUCAUGUUCCGAUACGCUUUGGAUCAUAUAUCCCGGUGCACUAGGGUGCUAUUGCAGGAUAACGGUAAUCUCCUGCUCGUCGGCGUCGGCGGCAGCGGGCGCAGCAGCGCCGUCAAGCUCGCGGCCAGCAUCCUCGAGAUGAACGUGAUCCAGAUCGAGAUAUCUCGCGUGUACGGCCAGAACGAGUGGCGGGACGAUAUACGGAAGAUGCUGAUGAAGGCCGGCAUCAUCGGCAAGCCGCUGGUCUUCCUGUUCGCUGAUAACCAGAUUAUGUACGAAGGUAUGGUCGAAGACAUAAACAUGCUGCUGAAUACCGGAGACAUUCCGAACCUUUAUGGCAUGGACGAGAAGGUAGAAAUUCUGGACAAAAUGCAGGGUGCUGUGAGAGAAUCGGGCCGGAAAAUGGAGACGACGCCGUUAGCCAUGUUCGGGUUCUACGUGGAGCGUGUGAAGGCGAACCUUCGCAUCGUGAUGGCCAUGUCGCCCAUCGGGGACUCCUUUAGGAACAGACUGCGGAUGUUCCCCUCGCUUAUCAACUGCUGCACCAUCGACUGGUUCACGGCCUGGCCUCCCGAGGCCUUGGAGCGUGUAGCGCAGAUGUUCAUAUCCAAGAUGCAAGGCGUGCAAGAGGACAUGUGCACGGCGUGCGUGGAGGUCUGUCAGCUGUUCCAUAUGAGUGUCGUCCAGCUGAGCGACAGGUUUUAUAGCGAACAGAAGCGCAAGGUAUACGUUACGCCCACCAGCUACUUGGAGUUGAUUAAAGCCUUUCAGAGUCUUUACGCUAUGAAAGUGGAUCAGAUCACCCGAGCAAGAAUACGGUACGAAACUGGCUUAGAACAAUUAGACUUCGCAGCGGGCCAGGUCGCUGUGAUGCAGCAGAACCUGCGGGAUCUGCAGCCGUUGCUGGUUGAGACGUCGGACAAGACUGAGAAACUUAUGAUCAAAAUCGAACAGGACACCGUAGUCGUGGAGAAACAGAAGGAGAUCGUAGGUGCCGACGAAGCCUUAGCCAACGAAGCGGCCGCCGCCGCCCAAGCCAUCAAGGACGAUUGCGAGUCCGACUUGGCAGAAGCCGUGCCAGCCCUCAACGCUGCCCUGGACGCCCUCAACACCCUCAAACCAGCUGACAUAACCCUUGUGAAGAGUAUGAAGAAUCCGCCGGCGGGCGUCAAAUUGGUCAUGGAGGCGGUUUGCGUCAUGAAAGGGAUUAAAGGGGAUAGGAAGAUGGGUCCUGAUGGGAAGCCAUUCGAGGACUAUUGGGGUCCGUCGCAGAAGAUGCUGGGCGAUAUGAAGUUUCUGGAAAACCUGAAAGCUUAUGACAAGGACAACAUACCUCCUGCCAUUAUGAAGAAGAUUCGAGACAAAUACAUUCCUGACCGCGAAUUCGACCCAGCCGUUAUCGCCAAAGUGUCUUCAGCUUGCGAAGGUCUGUGCAAGUGGGUUCGUGCUAUGGACGUGUAUGAUCGUGUCAUUAAGGUUGUAGCUCCGAAGAAAGCGGCGCUGUUUGAAGCAGAAUCGGAACUACAGUCGCAGAUGAACACGUUAAACGCUAAACGAGCACAGUUGCAAGGUGUACUCGACAAGUUACAGGCCUUGAACGACGAGUUCGCCGAAAUGACGCGCAAGAAGAAAGGUCUAGAAGACGAAAUAGAACUGUGCUCCACGAAGUUGUCCAGAGCUGAACAGCUGAUCGGUGGCCUGGGCGGAGAAAAGGCGCGCUGGUCAGAGCUGGCGCAUGAUUUACAAGAGCUACUUGGCAAAGUGAUUGGUGACGUGUUAUUGGCAGCCGGUUUUAUAGCUUACCUCGGUCCGUACACCGUGAGCUACAGGCGAGAGAUCCUGGUCAUUUGGAAUAAACGCACCUUUGAACUAGAGAUCCCUUGUUCGGAAACAUUUUCACUGAUCACGACGCUGGGCGAGGCUGUGGUGAUCCGCGCGUGGAACAUCGCGGGGCUGCCCGUCGACUCCUUCUCCGUUGAGAACGGCAUCAUCGUGGAGAAGAGCCGGCGGUGGCCAUUGAUGAUCGACCCUCAAGAGCAAGCGAAUAAAUGGAUAAAGAACAUGGAACGGGUGAACAACCUGAAAGUGAUAAAACUGACCGACUCCAACUACGCUCGAGUGCUGGAGAAUGCCAUCCAAACGGGCAUACCCGUCAUCCUGGAGAACAUUCGGGAACACGUGGACGCGGUGCUGGAGCCGAUCCUGCUGAGGAAUAUCUUUCGGUCUGGCGGUGUCGACUGCCUGAAGUUCGGAGACAACAUCCUGGAAUACAACUACGACUUCCGCUUCUACAUCACCACGCGGCUCAGCAACCCCCACUAUCUGCCUGAGAUUGCUGUCAAAGUGACUAUACUGAACUUCAUGAUAACGCCACAAGGCUUGGAAGACCAGCUGUUAGGCAUCGUGGUGGCCCAGGAUCGGCCGGAGCUCGAGCUGAAGAAGAACCAGCUGAUUGUGGAAGGUGCCAACAAUAAGAGGACGCUUAAAGAGAUCGAGGAUAAGAUCCUAGAGGUCUUGUCAUCAGCCGGUAACAUAUUAGAGGACGAAUCAGCCAAUCAGAUCCUGUCAUCGUCCAAGGUUCUCUCCAUAGAGAUCAACGCGAAGCAGGCAGCGGCGGCCAUCACCGAGCUGGAGAUAGACGAAGCGAGACAAGGAUACGUGCCCGUGUCGAAGCAUAGCUCCGUGCUCUUCUUCUGCAUUUCGGAUUUGAGCAACAUUGAUCCUAUGUAUCAGUAUUCGCUGGUUUGGUUUAUAAACCUCUACAACCAAGCUAUAUUGAACUCGCCACAGUGCGACGAGCUAGAGGAACGUCUGAGCAGCCUUAACGCUUACUUCACUAAGAGCAUGUAUGAAAACGUGUGCAGGAGUCUCUUUGAGAAGGACAAACUCAUAUUCUCUCUCGUUCUCACACUUGGAAUACUGAGAGCUAAGGGUAAAUUGGAUGAGGAGAUGUUAGCGUUCCUGCUGACCGGAGGCGUGGCGCUGGACAAUCCUUACGAGAACCCCGCGCCGGGCUGGCUCUCCGACAAAUGCUGGUCCGAAAUCGUACGCUCCAGCAAUCUGGCAGGACUCAGAGGAUUCAAAGAAAACUUCUUGGCGAAUGUGAAGGGUUGGAAGGAUUUCUACGACCUGGCCGCCCCGCAUGAAGUCGAGUUCCCCCCGCCCUAUCAGAAUGUCAAGGGCAUAGCAAAACUGAUCAUUCUCAGAUGCAUUCGGCCCGACAAGCUCAUCCCGCUCGUCCAGCAAUACGUGGUGGAGGAGAUGGGCCGCACCUACAUCGAGCCCCCGCCCUUCGACCUGGAGAAGUCCUACAAUGACAGCAACUGCUGCUCGCCCCUGAUCUUCAUAUUGUCUGCCGGGUCCGAUCCCAUGUCGGGGCUGGUGAAGUUCUCCAUGGAGAAGAAAGUCGUCAGCUUUGAGACGAUCUCGUUGGGACAAGGGCAGGGUCCCAUAGCCGCGAACAUGAUAGCGGAAGCCAUCAAGACCGGCGGCUGGGUAGUGCUGCAGAACUGCCACGUGAUGGACUCCUGGAUGGGAGAGCUGGAGCGCGUAUGCGCGGAGGUGAUCACGCCCCAAGCCACGCAUCACAACUUCCGGUGCUGGCUCACCUCCUACCCUAGCCGCGCGUUUCCGGUCACGGUUCUGCAGAACGGCGUAAAGAUGACCAAUGAGGCCCCAAAAGGCCUGAAGAACAACAUCUACCGAUCGUACAUAUCGGACCCGAUCUGCGACCCGGAGUUCUACAUCUCCUGCCCGCGCACGGAGGAAUGGCGGCGCCUGCUGUUCGCACUCUGCUUCUUCCACGCGCUGGUGCAGGAGAGACGCGCGUUCGGCCCGCUCGGCUGGAACAUACAGUACGAGUUCAAUGAGAGCGACCUGAGGAUCUGCAUCAUGCAGCUGCAGAUGUUCCUCACCGAAUACACGGAGACUCCAUUCGACGCGUUAAACUACCUCGCUGGAGAGUGCAACUACGGCGGCCGGGUCACCGACGACAAGGACCGCAGGCUCAUACUGUCGUUGCUCUCUCUCUUCUAUAACGAGGAGGUCACUGAGGUUCCCGAAUACUCAUUCUCUCCGAGCGGCAACUACCGCAUGCCGCCGUCCAUGGACUACAACUCUGUUCUGGAGCACAUCCGCGCUCUGCCCAUGAUCGCCAAGCCCGAAGUGUUCGGUCUUCAUGACAAUGCCGACAUCACUAAGGACAACAAGGAGACUGGUGCUUUACUCUUCGGCACUCUGCUGACCCAGACGUCCAUAAUCGCGGGCGGCGGCGGCGAGGGCGGCGGCGAGGGGGGCGGGGUGGUGGAGCUCACGCGGGACAUGAUGGGCCGCAUGCCGAAGCUCUACAACAUCGACGAGGUCAGCGCCAAGUACCCCGUGCAGUAUUACAACAGCAUGAACACGGUGCUCAAGCAGGAGCUGAUCCGCUACAAUCGUCUAAUAUCUGUGGUGUCGCGGACGCUCUACGGCGUGCACAUGGCAGCCCAGGGCCUGGCCAUCAUGAGCGCGGAACUGGAGGAGUGCAACAACGCCUUCGUCAAGGGCAUCGUUCCCGCCGCUUGGAUGUCCAAGAGCUACCCUUCGAUGAAGCCCCUGGGAUCUUAUGUAGCCGACUUGUUGAGCAGGUUGAAAUUCCUCCAAGACUGGGUAGACGAGGGCCCGCCAAUCGUGUUCUGGAUCUCGGGGUUCUACUUCACCCAGUCGUUCCUCACGGGUGUGCUGCAGAACUACUCCCGACACAACAAGAUCCCAAUCGACCAGGUCCAGUUCGAAUUUGAGAUUACCAGCAUGGAGGCAGAGUGUGAGGAAUUGCCGCAUUUCGGAGUGUAUUGUAAGGGACUUUUCCUUCAAGGAGCGAGAUGGAACAGAGAAACGAUGGAGCUAGACGAAUCCUACCCAAAAAUCCUUUUUGACACCAUCCCCAUCAUAUGGUUCCAACCGGCUUUGAUACAGAACUUCAACCCGCCGCCCUGCUACUUCUGUCCUAUAUAUAAGACGAGUGAGAGGAAAGGCGUGCUGGCGACCACGGGGCAUUCGAGUAAUUUUGUCAUGUUCAUCACUUUGUUGUCCAAGAUACCGCAAAAGCAUUGGAUCAAUAGAGGUGUUGCUAGUUUGACGCAACUUGAUGAUUAGUAACCUUGUUAGGUUUAGGGCCAGCAAAGAUCUAUGAAACUUUCCAUACAAUAAAAUUUAGCGAACGCUUUAAUGGUGACAGUGACAGACGGUUUGGUGCAACCGACCUUUAAUGUUUCAGCACAGAAUAAAUAAUAGUACUACCGUACAGAAAGGAAACUUCCUACAAAACCGAAGUUUGACAGCGGUUCAGGGUCGAAUCAUGCUAUCCCUUUUUAAUACAUAGCACUAUCCCUUUCGGCUAUUUAGGGUUGUCAAAAUUCAAGUGAUUAUGUUAUCUGUGGUCGUGCACGCAAAAGGAAGUCAAGUGGUGCCAACCCU